CAGGUCAAUCACUGCUACAUCGAUCAGUGCUCUCAGCAAACAAGCGGCCAGGGCCAGCUUCGUUCGGUUCCAAAGCGUCGAGCACUCGAGCGGGGGCCGCCGAGAGGAUGGUCGGAAUCUUCUCCAGGUUCUCCGCCGGCGCCCACCGCCGCGCCAAGAGCGCCGCCGCCGAGAUUGUGGAGACGUUGGACCCCAACAUGAGUACUGGAGAGUCUGGUCCGGCGGCUGUUCCUGCAGAUAAUCCCCACGGUAUUGAGGUCGGAGUUGAGUUCAAGCCGGUGGAGCAUCCUGUGGAGCCUCUCAAUCUCGAUCAGCCAGUGAAAUGUCCACUUCCUGAGCCAUCUAUACUGCAUGAUGGGAGGGUAUGGAAGGAAAGGAUGACUUCAGUUAGCGCGAGGGUGAGGACAGACUUGCCAGUCGUGAAGGAAGGGUCACAGCUCGAGCCUGACAGCAGCAGUACUACAAGAUCGCGGUCUACGGUACCAAGGCACGCCAUAUUGCCCUCUGUGAGUGCCCCUGAGCAUAAAAUCCUAGCACUGCUUGACGAAUGUGAUGUUCAUGAGAGCCAGAGUCCUGCUGAAUGAGCUCGAGUUAAUAGUCCUCUUGGCUUGUAUUUUGCCCCCUUUGUGAAUUACUAUAUCUGCGUAUCUUUUCCACUUGUCAAGCACCACGAGCUGAGUUCAGCAAUGUUAUGUCAGAAAAAAGAAAUGGAACUACACAGAUCUGUAAUGUAGAACGAUCCUAUAUAUACGAGUAAAGCAAUGUGCGGUACAUCCCUCGCAUUUGUUGCA